UGCCUCGGGGUCCCCCAGGACCGGGGGGUGGGGGGAGCAAGGGGGCCGCUGUGUGCGCCUGUCUUGCGGGGGGGUGCCUGGCCCCUCAGAAAGGCGUGGGAGACCCCGAUCCUGCAGGACCCCCGGGGGGCAUCCCCAUCCUCCCUCAGGUGCCGGGAUUAGCCGGUGCCAGCUGGGUGAGCCGGAAAGAGGCCGGCGGGGCUUUGCGGGCAGCCUUCGCCAACCUGCCUGUGCCAGCGCGUGUCCGGGGCGGGCAGGCGAUGGGGAAGCGCUGUGGGCGCCUUCAGAGCGGUGGGACACCCCUGGAGGAGGAGGAGGAGGAGGGCAGCUGCUGAGAGCCGAAAGAGGAAGUCCUCUUCCCGAGCAGCCACAGAGGCGGCGGUGAGGCAGAAGGGAGCCUGCGCCUGACUUUCUCCCUCCCCAGCUGCAUGGCCAGAGAGCCUCCUCUGAAGCACUGAGGAAGGAAGGGGCUUCCUCCCUUUAACCCCCCCCCUUAUUUCUUUGCACUUCGGCGGGGCCAGCUCUUAUCUGCAAUGACAGGGAAAUCCGUGCGGGACGUGGAUAGGUAUCAAGCCGUCCUUGCCAACCUGCUGCUGGAAGAGGAGAACAAAUACUGUGCAGACUGUCAGGCCAAAGGGCCAAGAUGGGCCUCGUGGAAUAUUGGUGUCUUCAUUUGCAUCCGCUGUGCGGGAAUACACCGGAAUCUGGGGGUCCACAUCUCCCGAGUAAAGUCUGUGAAUCUGGACCAAUGGACACAGGAACAAAUACAGUGCAUGCAAGAAAUGGGAAACGGGAAGGCAAAUCGCCUUUAUGAAGGUUACCUGCCUGAGAACUUCAGACGACCCCAGACAGACCAAGCAGUGGAGAGCUUUAUCAGAGACAAAUACGAAAAGAAGAAGUACCUGGACAGAAGUCUUGACAUCAACAUGUUACGGAGAGAAAAGGUUGAAAAAUGGAAGAAGGAAGUAGCUGCUGGAAAAAAAAUGGAGCCAGUUAUCUUUGAGAAGGUCAAAAUGCCUCAGAAGAAAGAGGAUCCUCAAACUACGAAAAGCCUUUCCAGACCUUCAGAGCCAGUCAUAGACCUGUUGGGACUUGAUGUUCCCGUUUCAGUUGCCCUCCCCAACGGAAGAGCCAGCAGCUGUUUGGAGAAGGACCUGGACCUGUUUGGAUCCAUGGGUGCUGAGAGAAAGGUUGUUGGCUCAAUGCCCACAGCUGGAAGCGCUGGAUCUGUUCCUGAAAAGCUGAACCUGUUCCCUGAGCCCGACAGCAGGGUUGAAGAGACAGGGAAGAAACAGCUCUCUAAGGACUCCAUUCUCUCUUUAUAUGGCUCCCAUACUCCACAGAUCCCGGCACAAGGAGCUGUGUUCCUAGCGCCAACCCAAAUGGGCUAUCCUGCCGCAUAUCCCAAUUUCCCAGGCAUGGCACCACCUAGUGGCAUGAUGGCACCACCAGUUGGGGUGAUGGCUCAGCCAGGAGCAGCAGCAGGCAUGGCCACACCUAUGGCGAUCCCAGCGGGUUAUGUAGGUGGCAUGCAGACAGCAGUCAUUGGGGUCCCCAAUGGGAUGAUGGCAACCCAGCAAGCUGGGUACAUGGCUGGCAUGGCACCUGUUCCACCACCAGUGUACGUCGUACAACCAGCUCACCAAUUACAGUGGAACCUUGCUCAGGUAACGCAGCAAAUGGCAGGGAUGAACUUCUGUGGCACAAAUGGGGUGAUGCGCUAUGGACAGUCGAUGGGCAGAGGGGGUGCCCCAGGAACCAAUCAAGCCCUCAGUUCCCAGGUGUGGAAAUAGCACACCUGGAUUUGGACCAUUUUCUCCUUCGUUUUUAGCUUCGGCGCUCGUUUUUUGGUUUUCCCAGUUCUGUAUAAACAUCAGUUACUCCCUGAUGUUAUGUUUUUACUUAACUUGCUGAUGGUCUCAGCCGGAUAUUCCUGUGUAAUGGAGAUCUACCCUGCCAAUGUCCCACCUCGUGUUCAAGGCACUGAUGGAUUCUUUACUACCUUGGCUCACCUUUUAAAUAGAUGAGCGUUUUUUUAGAGGGGUGGACAGAAGAUGGGAGAUGGUUCCUCUGGAUGGUAGAUUUCAUCACUUCAAAGGAAGCCUAUUCUGGAAUUUCGAAAGGGGUAGUCAUGAUGGCUGAUGUUACUCUGACUUCGCAUCUUUACUCGUGGCUUCCCCUCAAGGCACUUUGUAUUUUAGGAAUUUGGCACCAAAUACUCUUGUCCUUUCUUCCACCAAUACAUUCCAUGAUUUGUGGCAUUUUCCAAAAUCACUUCCUGAGCUUGAAAUCCCUUAUUGCUGGAGAGGAGCUCUGUGAGUCCUCAAGCACAAAUGAUGCUUUUUUUCAGAAAGUGAGUUGAGGAGAGGAAACGUACCUCUUAAAAGCAGCUGCUGGCCAUUUCUAACCAGUAGACCUGGCAUAUUUAAAUAAUGAUUUUUUUCCUCCCUUUUUUAACUUUUGGAAGAUCUAACUCAGUGUUUCUCAACC